UAUACAUACUUCAUUUUAUUGUUUUUUUAUUUCUAUAAUAUCUCAGGAACACUAGUUGAUAUUCUAAAACAGAAGCAAAGUUGUUAAGGACUUGCGCAAUGGUGUCUCGGUUGUUUUGGUACUUGUGUUUGUUGUUGUUUAUAUUCAUGAUCAUGGCUACUGUGGCUUAUGCUCAAAACAUUACAGACCCAGCUGAAGCUCGUAUUAUAAAUGCAAUGUUCAGUGGAUGGGGGAUAGCACCGAGUCUUGUAAGAGACAUGAGAUGGAACAUAAGUGGAGAAGUAUGCAGCGGCGCUGCAGUCGACUCAACAGACUUUGAUUCAAACGCUUAUAAUCCUGCCAUCAAAUGUGACUGUAAAUUCCCUGAUUCUAUUUGUCACAUUACUCGAUUAAAAGUUUAUGCUUUGAAUGCUGUUGGCCCGAUCCCAGAAGGACUCUGGAAUUUGACUUACCUCACUAAUCUUAAGGUGGACCAGAAUUACUUGACUGGCCCUUUGUCACCUUUGGUUGGAAAUUUAGUUCAGAUGCAGUGGAUGACUAUCGGCAUCAAUGCAUUAUCAGGGGAAAUUCCUCCAGAGCUGGGGCUCCUUACUGAUCUUAGAUCAUUGGGAUUUGGCACAAACAACUUCAGUGGUUCCCUGCCAUCUGAACUUGGAAAUCUGCGUAAAUUACAACAGCUUUACAUUGAUAGUGCUGGAGUUAGUGGCGAAAUACCUUCUUCAUUUGCAAAUUUGCAGAACCUGGUCACAGUAUGGGCUUCCGAUAAUGAAUUCACCGGAAGAAUACCCAGCUUCAUAGGAAAUUGGACACAGUUACAGGCAUUGAGGUUUGAGGGGAACUCUUUUGAAGGUUCAAUACCACCAUCUUUUUCUCAACUGACCUCUUUGCAGGAUCUGAGAAUAACUAGUUUAACUAAUGGUACUUUGGAUUUUAUUGCAAACAUGAAGUCCCUGACUGUUCUUGUUUUAAGGAAUAGCAAAAUUACUGGCUCUAUUCCAACUGACAUCGGUGAAUAUCAAAACUUGACACGCCUGGAUUUGAGUUUCAACAAUUUGACGGGGCAGAUUCCAAGAGACUUGUUCAACAUGAGUCGAAUCAUUUUCUUGUUUCUUGGAAACAAUAGCUUAAAUGGUACCCUUCCCAAUGUAAAGAGCAGAUCUCUCAUCAAUAUCGAUUUAUCAUACAAUGAACUAUCCGGGACACUUCCUUCUUGGGUCAAUGAGUCAAGCUUACAACUUAACUUAGUUGUAAACAACUUCACGUUAGAAGGCUCAGCAAUCAGUGGUCUUCCAUCAGGAUUGAAUUGUCUGCAAAGGGAUUUUCCAUGUAAUCGUGAUACACCAAGAUAUAGUAGCUUUGGAAUUAACUGUGGUGGUCCUCAAAUUACAUCUUCUAGUCAAAUCGUUCAUGAGCGGGAAAAUGAACCUCUUGGAUCAGCAACAUACUAUUUGACUUCUGAAAGGAGGUGGGGUGUCAGUAAUGUUGGAUCAAGGGACAACCCGGAAUAUACCGCCUCCACUUCACGCCAAUUUACAAACACUUUAGAUUCAGAAUUGUUUCAAACAGCGCGAAUAUCGGCCGGAUCUUUAAGAUACUAUGGUUUAGGCCUAGAGAACGGAAACUACACCGUGAACCUCCAGUUUGCAGAACUACAAAUACAAGAUGGCCAAAUUUGGGAAAGCAGUGGAAGGCGUGUCUUUGACAUUUAUCUACAGGGAAACUUGGUGUUCCAAGAUUUCAACAUAAAACAGGAAGCAAGAGGAGCCUCUUUUAGUCCUGUUACAAGGGAAGCAAAUGUCCUGGUUUCAAAUAACUACCUUGAGAUACACUUGUUCUGGUCUGGGAAAGGAACUUGUUGUGUGCCUAAGCAAGGAACUUUUGGACCUCUUAUCUCAGCAAUUAGUGCCACCCCAAAUUUCUUCCCCACAGUGAGCAACAAACCACCUUCCACAAGGAAAACGAAUAAGACUGGUUUGAUUGUUGGGAUUUUGAUCCCGAUUGUGGUUGUGUGCUUCCUGUCAUUUUUAGCCUCGUAUAUUAUUCGUCAGCGUAGGAAAAAGCAAGAUACCACUGACAACUAUGAAGAUUUUUUGGGGAUUGAUGCUAAACCGUAUACCUUUAGUUAUGGAGAACUUAGAGAUGCAACAGGUGAUUUUAGUCCUGAAAAUAAGCUUGGUGAGGGAGGUUUUGGACCUGUUUAUAAGGGAACACUAGAUGAUGGGAGACUAAUAGCUGUUAAGCAACUCUCCAUUGCUUCCCAUCAGGGGAAGAGUCAGUUUAUCGCUGAAAUUGCAACUAUAUCUGCUGUCCAACACCGCAACCUAGUGAAGUUGUUCGGAUGCUGCAUUGAUGGAGUGAAACGACUUCUUGUGUACGAGUAUCUUGAGAACAAAAGUCUUGAUCAAGCAUUAUUUGGAAAAAAUAGCUUGUCUCUUAGUUGGUCCACCCGGUUUGAAAUAUGCCUCGGGGUAGCACGUGGUCUUGCAUAUCUGCACGAGGAAUCUCGAAUUAGGGUUGUACACCGAGAUGUUAAAGCUAGCAACGUUCUACUUGAUUCUGAACUGAUCCCCAAGAUCUCCGAUUUUGGUUUGGCCAAACUCUAUGAUGACAAACAAACACACAUGAGUACACGCGUUGCUGGCACAAUUGGUUAUCUCGCACCAGAGUAUGCAAUGCGUGGACACCUUACAGAAAAGGCUGAUGUGUUCGGUUUUGGAGUUGUAGCUUUAGAGAUUAUCAGUGGAAGGCCUAAUUCUGAUACAACUUUAGAAGAUGAGAAAAUAUAUCUUCUGGAAUUGGCUUGGAACUUGCAUGAAGCUGAUAGGGAACUUGAGUUAAUAGACGAAAAGUUAUCUGAAUAUGAUGAAAAUGAAGUAAGAAGAAUGAUGAAAGUAGCUCUCUUAUGCACGCAGACUGCACCAAUGCAACGACCAUUAAUGUCCCGAGUGGUGGCAAUGCUUUCAGGAGACAUAGAAGCUAGUGGUGUUAUUACUCGGCCUGAGUAUCUCAAUGGUUUUAAUUUUAAUGAUGUCACUACCUUCAAAAGUGCUCUACCAGUUUCAGUUUCAGGUACCGACUCGACUGCAAGCACAAGUUAUUCCAGUGGUACACCACACACACCUGAUAAUGUUUCCAGACCGAUGCUUCAUGAUCUCAUCGGAGAAGGUAGGUGAUACAGAUGAUGAUUACAUUUUUGUUGUUCUUGCACUUUCUUUAAAGAUAAUCUCCGAGUCUUGUAUGUAUUUUGUUUUGUCACACCCUCAAAAAUAGGGACUAGCACAUGGGUGUGAAUUCAAUAAUAUCAUAACACAAAAUAUAAUGAACGACUACUAAACGUUGUCGUUUUAGAACUUUAUCAAAAAUAACAUUGUUUUCGAAAUUCAAAUA